UUCUUGAAGGAUGGGUAUAUUCUUUUACCUAACUACAGUACAGUUGUCAGUUUCAGUAAAAAAGUUAAUAUUUUAUUUUCCAACUUUGUCAGCUGACACUUCUGUUGUUGUUGUUCUUUGGGUUUGUUUGCUUUUUGAGAAGGGUUCUUACUGUGUAGCUCUGGCUGUCCUAGAUCUCACUAUGUAGAGCUGGCCUUGCCCUCACAGAGAUCUGCCUGCCUCUGACUCCCAAGUGCUGGGAUAAAAGGUUUGCUACCAUACCCAGCUCUGCCACUUAAAAAGAAAUGUUCGGCCUUUUUUAGCUUGUAACAUUUUUAGAACUUCUCUUUGUCUUACAUAGGUUUGAAGAAUACGUCUCCCCCAACCCCCACUCCACAACACUUUUAAUAGAAUAGUCUUCAUUUUGAAUUAACCUAUUUUCCUGUGGUUCAGUUCAUAUAAUAAAUUCUCAUAGGUUCUGUCCUUCUCAGGAAGCAUAUGAUAUUUUUCUGCUCUCACUAGAAAUAUUAAUGUAGAACAUCUGUCAAAGCUUGCCUGAUUUCAUGCAUCAUUACUGUUUUCUCUCUAAUAAGCAUUCUGAGAAGAAGUAUUUAAAUUCAGAAAAUAGCCCGCUCUUUUUCAGAAUUUCUCCCCAGACUUAGAAUUCAUUGGUGAAUUUUUUUUAUCAAUUUUUUACUCUGAUAGUUAUAGAAUGCUAAUUUAUUCUAUUGUAAUCAAGAGGUCUCCCUUUUUUCCUGGCUUUUUUAUCUGUGGGGAUUGGUGCAGGCCUGUUUUCUGUGGCUUGUAAGUACUAUGCUAACUUACUGUUCCUAAGCUGGAUGUUCAAGCUGUCUUUUGUGGUCUUAGAGAGCGCCUCACCUUUCUGUACUUUCCUUACUGGUAAACACCAUACUGGUGACACAGUUCCUCUUACAAUUCUGUUCCUAGCCACUUUUUUGUAGACUUUCUUUUGAAUAGAAGAAACCAAAACUUAAAGUGCUUAUAUCACUGUGGUGAUAUUUUCCUUUUUGGCUCGCUGGCAACCAGAGCUAAGGGAUAUAUCUAUGAAGAAGUAAAAAUGUAUGUAUGUCCAUACUUAUAUACACAUAUAAAUUGUCUAGAAAUGAUGAGUUUACACAGUGCUUCUAAUUUAUCUAUAUAAAGUUCUUUGUUGAUUUUUUUUUUCCUAUCCCAUAUUUGUAUGUCUUCCUUCCCAUAAGAAUCCUGGCUCCUAACAAAAGUCACAGUUGAGUUCCAAGUUGUUUCAGAAUUGUUUUGCGCCUACUACUAACAAUAAUUCAACUUGUUUGGAAUUCUCCCCUGUAUCUCCCCACCAGCCUACAGAAGACUGAAUGCAGACAAGUAUGAAAUCAAAUGCUGUGUUCCUAAGUUAUAUAGAUUAGGCUUUUUUGUUUGCUUAUUUUCUUCCUAUGGUUUUAGUGUCCCUGUGAAACACAGAUGCGUUCACUAUUUUGUUUACUUCCUGUUUAGCAAUUUUCCCUCAUCUUAACUGAUUUCAUGUUAUUCUUUGAUUAUGCAGAACACUAUUAGACUUCCAUAAGUUCCAUAAAACUAUACAGUGCUAUAAUCAGUGUCACUACACCUCCCCACUCUCUUAUUCCCUGUUCUCCACCCUUUGCAAAUAUCAAUUGUUUCGUGGUAUCACCAUAAGGAUAAGCACAUACACUACUCUUCUUUCUUCCUUUCUUGACAUCUUCACUUUUUCACUUUCUGAUAAUAUAAUACUGUACAUCCUGGGAAUUACUACCUCGUCAAUUAGAUAGUCUACUUUUCUAAUACUCCUAUGUAAUACUUACAGAGCUUAUGUAACUAGUCUUUUGUGUUGGAGAUUUAGGUAAUUUCCCAGACUUUCAGUUAAAAUUUGUGUAGUAAUAAUUCUGUAAUCAAUACACAUGUUCUUAUGAGUAUACACACACUUGUGGUAUUAGAAGUGUAUGUUUAGAAUUGUUACUUGUGAAUUGAAGGGGAAAUGUGUGUGUUAGCACAGUUUUCCCACCACAAGCACUAUGUAAGUUUAUAAUAGAUUCCGAGCAAUCUAUUACAAGAAUAUUUGUUUUCUUCAGUGUCUUAUCAACAGAGGUAUAUGGUCAUGCUUUGAACAUUGGUCAGUGUAACAUGUGAAAAACACUAUUGAAGUUCUGAUGAAUAUUUUUCUUAUUAGUGAUAUACUUAUUUUUUACAUGUUUAAUGACUGUCUUGAUUUUUAUUUUUAAAGGAAAAACACUAUUGGCAUGGUUAGUUAUUGUGUGAAACACCCUAUAUAUUCACUGAACAAAAUAAUUAUUGUAGACUACUAUAAAAAAGCCCAGAUUAAGAGAACAUCUAGGGCUGGAGAGAUAGCUCAUUGGUUAAGAGCACUAGCUGCUCUCCCAGAGGUCCUGAGUUCAAAUCCCAGCCACCACACGGUGGCUCACAACCAUCUGUAAUGAGAUCUGGUGCCCUUUUCUGGUGUGUCUGAAAACAGCUAUAGUAUUCUCAUAUAAUAAGUAAAUAAAUCUUUUUUUAAAAAAAAGGAGAGAGAACAUCUAAAGGGCAAUCAAAAGGUUAAGGAAGCUGACAGAAACUGACUAGCUUGAAAACAUUGUAUAUUUUGACCACAGAAAUAUUCUACUUUUCAAAUAACAGUGUUUGUCAUAGAAGUCUGUGCACCAGGAAGCUGUUUCUAGUAGACGUAAAUUAAAUUUUAUUUUUUAGAGGAAAAAACUGAACCAUAUCGACAACUUAUUUCUGUUACAAAAUAUCACUUGAUGCUUUUUCUUCCUUAUUUUAAAAUUAGAAAGGAAAGGAACUAAGUCCUCAGAGUAUACCAUGAUUGUGUUGUCAAGUCACAGUCACUGAACUUGAGGAUGUGUGAUGGUCUGCAGAAAAGCUGCUUGACUCUAUUCCUUCACAUCUGAGAGGAGUUUGCUAUGAUCAGCAAUCUCUACCAACUUCAGGCUGCCUACAGGCAAAGAGAUGAAAUGAUGGGGGACUAACCAACCUAGAUUGGUUAUCUUUUUUAAGAGAGUGAAUUAAGAAAUGUUUCUACUUUCUUUCAAAAUAGUUACUGUUAACUGAGGUUUCUUUCCUCCUUUUCUGGUAAUCCCCAUAUGAACAGUGUUAAAAGGGACAACAGAAAGUGGCAAUGGGCUCUUAAACUUUUGCCAGCUUUAUUUCCAGUAGUAGGCAUUUCUUUAGGACUUCUUUCUUUGCAGAGAACCUAGUACUCUGAAUCCUUAUGACUUGGAAGGAAUCAAAUCUUAUUCUGUUCUUUCUUUAGAAGCCAAUCCAUAUAGAGCUUACUUUCAGCACCACCACCACCACCACCACUUCUCUCUUUCCUUGUCCCUCUCUUCCUCUCUCUCUUUUCUCGCCCUCUCUUUCUUCCUCUUCCCUUCUUUCUGAAAGUUCAACCAAGGCACAUUUUAUUGUGUAUGGGUCCUGAUGUUUCUGAGAAUGGACAGUACUUUCAUGGCCUCCAAGACUGUAAUUCAAGCACCUCAGAUUUUCUAGGUUUCUAAUAUCUACAUUGUUUGACUAGGGGUUACCCUAGAGUUAGUACAAUAAUUGGCCUUGACACUGUAAGACUCCUCAAACAACUGGAAUGAGUUUAAAUUCUCAAUGAUUUCACAACUGCCAUUCACUAUUUUCUUUUAAUUCAUGUGGUUCCUUGAGUACCACCAAACCCAAUCAAGACCGGUCCAUGUCAUUUUGAUCAAACAUCUCCAACUUCCAGCUUUUCAACCUCAGUAGAGAAAGGGCUGAUGACAUAACAGCUAUUACAUGUUUAAGACACUGGUUUUCCAAGAACAUCUUGUUGCUGACUCUUAGAAGUCACUUUCCUAGGCCCUUUCCCCAAAUAUUACUAUGGAAUUUGCAAAGUCUGGCAGAAAGAAAUUUGACCAUUCUCCGAAGUCUAUAAGCCAGUCCUGGAUAGAGGUGCUGGGUAUAGAAUGAACAUGAUGACCAGAGCCAGCUUUGCUUCCAAGAAGCCAUUCACUAAAAAGAACAGCUAUAGUGCUAGAGUUUGAUUUACUCUUGCCUCUGGAAUAUCAUUUAUUUUUCUCUAAGGGCUGAUCUUUGAUAAACUACCAAGUGUUAUCAGGUACUUGGGAAUCAGAAUGGUCUUGUACAGAACAGUGAUGUGAGCUUUAAAGAUCAGGAUAUUAAGUUCUUUGGCUUAAGGGUUAAACUGCCUGGUCUUUCCAGGCACACAGAAACUUGACUUGCUAGAUUUCUGUUUUGGGUGUAUUCCAGUUAAUGACAAAUGUUUUGUCCCAAUAACCAUUAGAGCUGCUGAUCCUGCUACUUCAGUGUCUCUUUAAGCUGAGAGCUCUGUUCCAGGGAGAUUUUGUGCCACUCACUGCUAGGCUUGGAAAAUCAAUAGCUCUUGGUGAGCCAAACAAGCUUUGGACAGACCCAGACACCUUGUCAUACAACCUUAGGGCCUGAAGGCAGGUGACCCGUGGCUUUGGUCAGCAUGUUCAUUCUCUACCCAGCACCCCUGCCCCAGGACUGGUUCACCCCAAAACAGACUGUGGAGAAUGCUCAAGUUUCUUUCUACUUUCUACCAGACUUUGCAGAUUCCAUAGUAAUAUCUGGGGAAAGGGCCUAGGAAAGUGACUUCUAAGAGUCAGAAACAAGAUGUUCCUGGAAAACUAGUGUCUCCAACAUGUAAUAGCUGUUAUGUUGACAACCCUUUCUCUACUGUGGUUGAAAAGCUGGAAGAUGGAAAGUUGCUUGGGAGAGUAACUUUCUCCCUCACCUCUCACCACGGUUUUGACAGUGUUUCUGCCAUUUUCUUUUGGGAGUGGAGGUAGAAAUUUGUACUGUUUUUAUUAUUAAAGUACUUGCAUGUAGUUAAACAUCAGUCUUGUAUUGCAUCUUGGUUAAGGUUAGGAAGCGUUCUCUACCCAGGUCAUUAAUUCAUAUUUUCUUCUAGUAUUUGUUAUUCUUGUGUCUGUUAUAUUAUUUUGAGCUUCUUUAUAUUUAGAGCCCUGUUCCAUUUGGUGUUUAUCCCUUUGUGUGAUAUAAAAGAUCUAAUUUUAUCUUUUUUAUUCCCCAGAUGGCUUUAUAUUUGCUGCACUAUUUUUAAAAACUGUCUUUCCCCCAGAAAUACCAUCCUCAUCAUCAAUUUCUGUGUGUAGUUGGAAUAAUUUCUGGAUGUCUAUUUAUAUACUAGUAACACAUUUAAAUUAUAAAAGCACAUUUUAAAUUAUAGCAUAUGUUAAUAGUCACUACAGCUAGUAGUUGCUCACAGCUCUUUUUCUUCCCUAGCAACUUUUUAUUUUGGGAAAUUGUUUUUUAUGGCUGUAGGAACCUUAACAUUUUUUUUUCUGAGGAAGUUGAGAUGGAAGGGCUAAAAUUGAGAAGUAAAUGGAUGGAAAAUCUGUUGUAUGUGGGAAUGGCAGAAUAUAGAUAAGGUAUGCUGCAGCUAAAGUUUCUAGAACUGCUGUAGCCCACUUACCAGUUCUGUGUUUUGUGUUGUGGGCCGCUCUACCCAGAGUAAUACAGGGAGUCAGGGAACUAGUCUGGUCUACCAUUCUUCAGUUACCUCAUAUUUGGGACUUAAUUUUAUAUACUAUUUCCUCAGAUGAACCAACUUUUGCUCUAAUGUCUGCUGGGUGAUUCUUCAUCUUUUAAAUAGUCUCCUAAAUUUCUAGCAUUUUCUGUUCUUAUAAGUGGUCAUUAUUCCUAUAAAAAAAGUUGGUAGUAUGAUUCUUUAUAUCUGUUCACUCUAAAGCAUGUAUUUUUCUUUUAUUGACCAUUUUUUUUCUCACACAGUUACAUACAUAGCUUUCUAAGUAAGAUUCACAGAAUUCCACGAUAAUGUCCUGAAAUGUUAUGCAAGGCAAGAGGGAAAGAUCACAUUUUAUCUGACUAUAAUGCUUCAUUUUCUUGAAAUAGGUUGAACAGUAUCUUUUUAGCAGUCAGUAUGUCAGAAAAUGAUAUUGAUUGGGUACCAGUCAUGUAAAGUGCCUUUAGGAGAACAGAAUCCCUGCUUGAGUAUUAAAGUCUGCUUUGGGAAGUUUAUCAUUCAUUCAUUCAUUCAAUUCAUUAAUUUAUUUAGAAUCAUGUGCUUUUUCCAAAACCCUUACAUUUUAACUGUGAUCAGUAGCUUAACUUUUAAUAAUGAUAAAAUAAAUAGUAAUAACAUUUGCCCUGACCAAGGAACAAGUUUGUUCUUACUGGUUUUAGAUGGCUAUCAUCCAAUAUUCACAGUGACACUAUAACUUUCAUUUUACAGGUGAAGAAACUGCUAUACAAAGAAGUUAAAUAGCUAUCUCAAAGGUCAUAUAAUGUCACAUCUGAAGACAAGCAUGGAGGAUGAGGACUCAGCUAAAAAGAAUGAAAACAAUUCAAGUGCAGACUCUCAGUGCCCAAAUGUGGAAAUUUUUCACAAGGAUCAUAUGCAGAAUUCUAAUAUUGAUGACACUUUUGGUUGGGUAGAGAAGCAGUUGGAAAGACCUAAAUGGAAAAUAAUGAAGGAAGACAAAAGUAGCAUCAGAGAAAAGAUUGACAAACCUAAGAACACAGCAAAUGUAAAAAUAGAACAGGAUGACGAGACAUCUGAGAAAAGUUUCUACUCAAGUACAGAUACCAUGCACCAGACUGUCCCCACGGAACCAAAAUGUACUGAACAAGGUGAACACACAGAGAAUGUUAAUGGAAGCUUACACCCUACUCCACAGCAGAAUUCUGCUGCUGAUAAGAAAUCACAUAAGUGUGAUGAGUGUGGAAAAUCCUUCAAGUACAAUUCUCGUCUUGUACAACAUAAAAUCAUGCACACUGGAGAAAAGCGCUAUGAGUGUGACGACUGUAGGGGAACUUUUCGGAGCAGCUCCAGCCUUCGAGUCCAUAAGCGCAUUCAUACUGGGGAGAAGCCCUAUAAGUGUGAUGAGUGUGGCAAGGCCUACAUGUCCUACUCUAGCCUCAUAAACCACAAAAGCACCCAUUCUGGGGAGAAGAACUGCAAAUGUGAUGAAUGUGGAAAAUCCUUCAAUUAUAGUUCUGUUCUGGACCAGCAUAAAAGGAUCCACACCGGAGAGAAGCCCUAUGAAUGUGGUGAGUGUGGAAAGGCCUUCAGGAACAGUUCUGGUUUGAGAGUCCACAAAAGAAUCCACACAGGGGAGAAGCCCUAUGAAUGUGAUAUCUGUGGGAAAACCUUCAGUAAUAGUUCAGGCCUGAGGGUCCACAAAAGGAUCCACACAGGUGAAAAGCCCUAUGAAUGUGAUGAAUGUGGGAAGGCAUUCAUUACUUGCAGAACACUCCUAAAUCAUAAAAGCAUCCACUUUGGUGAUAAACCUUAUAAAUGUGAUGAGUGUGAGAAAUCUUUUAAUUAUAGCUCUCUCCUCAUUCAGCAUAAAGUCAUCCACACUGGUGAGAAACCUUAUGAAUGUGAUGAAUGUGGGAAGGCCUUCAGGAACAGCUCAGGCCUUAUAGUGCAUAAAAGGAUCCACACAGGAGAAAAACCUUACAAGUGUGAUAUCUGUGGCAAAGCAUUCAGCUAUAGUUCAGGCCUUGCAGUCCAUAAAAGCAUUCAUCCUGGCAAGAAAGCCCAUGAAUGUAAAGACUGUGGCAAGUCCUUUAGUUAUAACUCACUUCUUCUUCAGCAUAAGACCAUUCAUACUGGAGAGAGACCUUAUGUAUGUGAUGUGUGUGGCAAAACGUUCAGGAACAAUUCAGGUCUCAAAGUCCAUCGGAGGCUCCAUACUGGGGAAAAACCAUAUAAGUGUGAUGUGUGCGGGAAAGCCUAUAUCUCACGCUCAAGCCUUAAAAAUCACAAAGGAAUCCACCUGGGGGAGAAGCCCUACAAAUGCAGCUAUUGUGAGAAAUCUUUCAACUACAGUUCUGCCCUUGAACAGCAUAAAAGGAUUCAUACAAGGGAGAAACCCUUUGGGUGUGAUGAGUGUGGAAAAGCCUUCAGAAACAAUUCAGGCCUUAAAGUACAUAAACGAAUUCACACAGGGGAGAGACCUUACAAAUGUGAAGAAUGUGGAAAAGCCUACAUCUCACUCUCAAGCCUUAUAAAUCAUAAAAGUGUACACCCUGGGGAGAAGCCCUUUAAGUGUGAUGAGUGUGAGAAAGCCUUCAUCACAUACCGAACCCUUCUAAACCACAAAAAAAUUCAUCUUGGAGAAAAGCCCUAUAAAUGCGAUGUGUGUGAGAAAUCAUUUAACUACACCUCACUCCUUUCUCAACACAAAAGAGUUCAUACUAGAGAGAAGCCCUUUGAAUGUGACAGGUGUGAGAAGGUCUUCAGAAACAACUCAAGCCUUAAAGUGCAUAAAAGAAUACACACUGGGGAGAAGCCGUAUGAGUGUGACAUAUGUGGAAAAGCCUACAUCUCACACUCAAGCCUUAUUAACCAUAAAAGUACACACCCUGGCAAGACGCCCUAUACAUGUGAUGAAUGCGGAAAAGCAUUUUUCUCAAGCAGAACUCUCAUAAGCCAUAAGAGAGUCCAUCUUGGGGAAAAACCCUUCAAGUGUGUUGAGUGUGGGAAAUCAUUUAGCUACAGCUCACUUCUUUCCCAACACAAGAGGAUCCACACAGGGGAGAAACCUUAUAUAUGUGACUGGUGUGGGAAGGCCUUCAGGAACAGCUCAGGCCUCACGGUACAUAAAAGGAUCCACACAGGGGAAAAACCCUAUGGAUGUGAUGAAUGUGAAAAGGCAUACAUUUCACACUCAAGUCUUAUCAAUCAUAAAAGUGUCCACCGUGGAAAGCAGCCCUAUAAUUGUGAGUGUGGGAAAUCUUUCAAUUACAGAUCCGUCCUUGACCAGCACAAAAGGAUCCACACUGGAAAGAAGCCAUAUCGAUGUAAUGAUUGUGGGAAGGCAUUUAAUAUCAGAUCAAACCUUACCAAGCACAAAAGAAUCCAUACAGGGGAGGAAUCUUUAAAUAUGGCAAAUAUGGAAAGUCACAGUGGCACAUUCCAGAAGAGGAUCUACUAUGAGGGAGGGAAUGCUCUGGAUGGGACCAGGAUGCAGAUGCCUAUGUGGGAGGCAGAGCCUGCCAAGUCUCAAAGGAAUCAAAUAGAAGAAAAACUUUAUGAAUGUAAGAAUUUCUGAGGUCUUUAGUCAUGGCUUAUAAUAAUCAUAGUGUGAGUGAAAGAAUUCUGAGUGAUCAUGAGCAAUUCCUUCCACGUGAUUCAGUCAUAGCAGGAACAGUUCUAGUGUCACAAUAGUUGAGCCCUUUAGGAAUAUAAAAUACCACUGGAUAUAAAACCUUUCAAAGUGAUGGAACUCUUAAAAAAUGUAGUCUGGACAUAGAACAUAAAGAUAAAGGUCUUUAGUUAGAAAUCUUAUUCACCACUACAAAGAUCCUAUUUGGAUAAAUAAGUGAAUAAGAAUGUAGAAAGUUGGUAUAAUUUUGACCUCUAUACUUUGGUCAGUGGAAAAAAGAUCCAAGAAGGGCCUCUAAUAGGCAAAUUCAGGGAGAGGAUGGUUUCAGGGAAUAUCAGUUUAUUAGUAGUCAUGAAAUUAUAGACUUAACAAUAAUGGUUUGUGGUAGGAAGAUCACAACUUCUGAAACAAUUUAGAUGUCUUAGGAAAAGGCAUAGUCAAAUCUGUGACAUAAUCACUUUAAAAUGCAUAUUAGUUGGAGUAUACUAUUAUACUAACUGAACUGGUAAGACUAGAGUUUCAAAUCAAUUCCCUUAAUAUGUAAUAGAGAUAAUAAAUGAUGACCUGGGAGGUGGCAUUCACAUAUACUGAGAGAGCGGAAGGAUUUCAGUAUCUUCAGUUAAGUAAGGGAACACAUCUUCAACAUGAAUUUGCACCUUACAGGAAAAAUUCAGGGACUCCUAUGAAUUAAAAAAAAGUCUCAAAGGAAGGCAUUUUAUUACAAGAGCUAAAUAAGUACCAGUAAUUAAGAAGAAAUUCAUGUCUUAAAAACAAUAUUGUUCUAGGUUCGGUCCCCAGCUCCGAAAAAAAGAACCAAAAAAAAAAAAAAACAAAAAACAAAAAAACCAAUAUUGUUUCAGAAAGUGUAAAAAUUUUAUGUACUACAUACAUGUGUAUAUUGUCUGUUGUAAAAUAUGAAUAUGUUCAAAACUCACUUUGCCAUAAAGGCUGAAUAGUUAUGGCAAGGUAAGGGGGGGUAUAAUAAAUGCCUCAAAUGUAAA